AUGCACCGCCGACUCCGCGCCGCGCCGUUUCUCCCACUGCUGCUGCUGCUCGUGAUGCACUGCGCCGGCGGGUGCCGCGCCGCUGCGGGCCGCCGGGUGUUCGACGACAUGGCGCCGAAGAGUUACUCGCCGCCGGCUGCGGUGGUGCGCGAGGUGCCGCGGAGGGGGCAGGGCGCGGCGCAGGCGUACACCGUCGCAGCGGCGGGAGGAAAGAGCAACGAGGGCUGGGCGCCCAUCCGCAUCGAGGUGUCCACGGAGGAUCUGCAGCAGAAAACUCAGAAGAUGGGGAAGAAGAGGUACUGCGCUGCUGAUGGGGAUCUGUGCGUGAACUAUUUGGGGGAAACGUACUUGCAGAGCCGAGCACGUACUGACGGAGCAAAAGAGCAGUUGUACACGAAGAAGAUUAUUCCUGGGGCCGUCAAGCUGCACGCGGAGCGACUUCUCGUGCAGCCAGUGACUGAGAAAAUUGAAUUGCCGCGAGCUCCGACAGGACACUGCCAGCACUUUACAAUUCCAACUGAGCACAAGCAAAAAGGGUGUGGCGGACGCCGACAUGGUCCUCUACGCCGCUGCCGGGCCACUCGGUCAUAA